AUGGAUGGUUCAAUGCCAUCUGAGACGUGUAUCAGACUUUUGAAAGAAAAGCUUUCAGAAUUUGAGCUUUCUUUAGAUAGAGAUAUAGUCGCAAUAGUCAUUGAUGGCGCCAGCGUCAUGUUAAAAGUUGGAAGAAACCUGCGCGCUUGUCAUCAAGUCUGCCUUGCACACGGUAUUCAGCUAGCUGUAUUUGACGUAUUAUACAAGCAAGGCGGCGCGGAAAAUGUACGAUCCCCUGAUACUGCUGUUACUGCUGGUGGAAGUGAAAGUGACUCCGAAUUCGAGAACGACGCAGAUAGUGCUGAAGACGAAACCGGGGGAUUUGAAGUAAUACCGGUGGUGUCAAACCCAAACGAGCUUAAUAAUGACUAUAAAAGUGUCAUCAGUAAAUAUCUCCAAAAUCUUGAAACAUAUUUCAGUGAAGUUGCUACCGCCGAGUUCCCAAAAACCCCAGAAAUGGUGGAGGAAAUUUAUUCACUAAAUCAAAAUUUUGAAGGUGAACCUGUGGUUAGGGUUAUGGAUGAUUUGGCCUUGGAUAAUAGCGCCAGCAGCAACUAUUUACAGAUUGAAAAAUGUGAAGAUCUGUCAUCAGAUCAUACUCCAGUCAUUUUAAAUACUUAUAAACAGGCCAUUUUCCUUAAGCCACUCCUCAAGAUCUACAACAAACAUACCAACUGGGACCAGUACAGAGAAUUUAUACGUAGUAACAUUGACCUAAACAUAAGUCUAAAGACAAACGAUGAAAUCGAAGCCGGCGUUGAUUCAACAGCAUUGUACACAUGGCUGCCACCGUUUCCACUCCUAAAAAUAGGAAAUCAAAAACAAAACAAAAGGAAUCCGCCAGAAACAUAA